AUGGAAAGGCUGCAACAGCAGCAGCAGCAGCAACAGCAGCACAAAAGCGCAUGCAGCAUGCAGUUGAGAGGUAUAGAGGAGUUCAGUCAGCAGCAGCAGAGGCAGCAGCAGCCAGAGCAGGAGCAGCAGCGGGGACCACCGCAACAGAACCUUACCCGCAGACUAUCAGCAAGCCCAGCAACAAGCCCAACAGCAAGCCCAGCAGCAGCAGCAGCAGCAGCAGCAAUGGUUGCACUGCAGCGGCAAGUUGUGCUCGUAGGAGCGGGGCAGGCACACCUUGAUGUGCUGCGGCUGUGGGGUCUGCGGCGGCGGCGCGAAGCAGCAGCAAACAAGGCAACAGCAGCAGCAGCACCUGCUGCUGCUACAACGGACAAGACUGCAGCAGCAGUGCUGCGCUCCAUACUCGCCAAAGAUGCUGCUGCUGCUGCUUCUCCACCUGCAGAUGACAGCAGCAGCAGCAGCACGCCUGCUGAGCUACCCGUCUCGGCUGUCUCUCUGCUGCUGGUAACAGAAACCACAGAAGUCCUCUACAGUGCUAUGGUCCCAGGAUAUAUAACUGGAGAGUUUGCACUGAAGGAGAUGACUGUUGAUUUGCUGCCGCUCUGCGCCUUUGCUGGGGCUUCACUCAUAACAGCAAGGGCUGUGGGGUUGCUGCCGCAGCAGCAGCUGCUGCUGCUCGAUGGCAGCAGGCCGCCUUUAAGGUUCGAUGUCCUCUCUAUUGAUACGGGCAGCAAACCUGAGGCCUCCCUCAUCCCCGGCAGCAUGCGGCCGCUCCUCUCGCGCAGCAACACCUUCGUAAACAAGGGAUCUUUGGAUGGAGACACUUCAACUGCUGAGCCGGAGACAGGGUCCUUGACGUCUCCAGCAGCAGAAGAUGCGCAGCGGGAGACGCAGCUGUCUCCGUGUGGCUGCCCCGCGUCUGGCAGCAGCAGCAGCAGCAGCAGCAGGUAUUGCUGCUGCUGUGUUUGCCCCAAACGGCCCAUCCAGGGGGUUGUAUCUCGCUGGCUGCUGCUGCAGCACCAGCUGCAGCAAGCCUGGCAGCAGGCGUUGGAGAGUAGCACGUCUGCCGGUGGUGGCGCGUCUGCUGCUGCUGCUGCUGCUGACGGUGAGGGUGUAGCCCGGAGAGACAGCAGCACGAGCGCCAGCAGCAGCAACUGCAAAGCGGAAGCAGUUGCUGUCUUCCGAGUGCUGGUAAUAGGGGGAGGUGCUGUGGGGGUGGAGAUGGCCCUUGUGCUGCAGUACGCCGUGCAGCAGCUGCUGCGCUCGUUAGAGAAACAGCAGCAGCAGCAGCAGCAGCAGCAGGUUAAUUCGUCUCCGAAGCGGGAGACUGCAGCAGAAUGCAAAGGGUCGCCUUUAAAGGUUGAAGUUAUACUCGCAACUAGCGGCCCAGAAAUACUCACGGGAUACUCCAAACGAGCGCAGACAACGCUUCGCAAGCUGCUAGCAUCACGUGGGGUGUCUGUAAGCACAAACUGUUUGGUGGAGAGACUGGAGGAGACAGCAGGAGGGAGAGCUGUUGCCGUUACGAAGGGCACACAGCUGCAGUCUCUUAUUGACUUUGCCUUCUGCUGCACCAGCGAUAGACCUCAAGACUGGAUACAGUCAACGCGAUUGCCUUUGGAUGAGAACGGCUUUCUGCGGGUAUUGCCGACGUUGCAGUGCGUCGACUUUCCCCACAUCUUUGCUGCAGUGCGUGCUGCGCCUGUGAUUGAGACAAACAUCUGGCGUUUGCUGCGCGGAGAGGAGUUGGAGGUGUGGAAGCCUCAGAGCGCCUUCCUUUCUUUGCUUGUUACCGGCAGAUCUGAGGCUGUUCUCUGCAAAGGGGGUUUUGUCUUUCAGGGUGUUUGUUUGACAAUGAGGGGUUUCAGGGUAGCAGCAGGUUUAUGGGUUUGGCUGCAGCAGCAGCUGUUUGUGUUGCUGUUGCAGAAGGCGAUCGACUCCGCGUGGCUGUGCAGCCACAGAGAUUUCAACGGGCCCUGCAACAGCAGCAGCAGCAGCAGCAACAGCAGUAGCUGCCCCCCUCGUUCUAUGUCUUCUUUCUUAGGGCUUAAGGAGUUAGGGGCUGCUGCUGCUUCUGGAGCUGAAGCCCUCAGCACUUGGCUUUCUGCUACUAUGGCUUCCUCUGAACCCACCCUACGCGUACCCGCAAGCGAAGACCUGCCGCACCCGUGCAUGACUGUGUUUGCGGGGCUGCUUGCUAAAGCUGCUGCUGCUCCCCGCAGCAGCAGCUGCACCGGUGCGUCUCGCUGUGCGGGUUGUUCAAGCAAAAUACCUCAGCGUGUUGUUGCUGCUGCUCUGCAGCAGCUGCGGCAGCACAACAUGCAGGUGCAGCAGCUGCACGACCGGGAGGCGCAGCUGCAGCAGCAGCAGCAGUUGCUGCAGCAGCCGGUUGAUGAGCAGCAAGAUUGGGAGCAAGACAAACCUCUCUAUACUCGCCCUGAGGUUAUCUGCGGCCUUAAGACGCCUGAUGAUUGCUGUCUCUUCGCUCCUGUCCCCUUCAAACAAUAUUUAGAGACAGCAGAAAAUCUGAACUCGCACCCUCUGCCACUUCUAGCUCAAAGCGUAGACUUCUACCGGUUGUUUACUGGAGAUCUCUAUACUAUGGGCCGCGUAGCAGCAGCACACGCCCUCUCCGAUCUCUAUGCAUGCGGCGCGGAGCCCCUCACCGCCUUAGCUGUUUUCCUUAUGCAGCGGGCUCCUCCAGACCUUCAAGCGAACAACCUGCUGCAGGUGCUGUGUGGGGCGAGCAGCGUGUUUGCUGCUGAGGGCUGCGAAUUAAGCGGUGGCCACUCUGCUUCUGGAGACGGGCCUUCAGCAGCAGGUUUCUGUGUCACAGGCAGAAUCUUCUAUCCUGCUCCUCCCGCAGCAGGAGCAGCAGGAGCAGCUGCAACAGCAACAGCAGCAGGGGCAGGCGCAAGUGCGGGGAAAAAGGGAAACCAGGGCACCGAACAGCAGCAGCAGCAGCAGCAGCAGCAGCAGGUGUCCCCAUGCAGACCGUUGGACCCUGAUUUCUUGCUGAAGAAAGGCAGCACCGGCGUGAAGGAGGGCUGCGUGCUGCUGCUAACAAAAGGGAUCGGCACGGGAGUUAUUUUUGCUGCGCAUGCUAAGUGCAAGGCAAAGGGAGGGUGGGUGGAAGCGGCGCUGCAGCAAAUGCAGCAGACCAACAGAGCAGCGAUGCGUGCUCUGGUUCAGCACGGGGCAACGGCCUGCACGGACGUAACAGGUUUCGGGUUGGUGGGGCAUUUGUUAGAAGUGUUAGACGCGUCUAACAGAGCCCUGGCGAAGGAGAGCCGUGGGAACGCCGUAGCAGCAGCAGCAGCAGGAGCAGCAGCAGCAGCAGCAGCAGCAGCAGGGGGGCCGCAGCUGAUAGGCGCUCGGGUUUGGCUCAGUCGAAUACCGCUGCUGCCAGGUGCUGCUGAGCUGACCCGCAAAGGCUUGCAUGCAUCUCUAUUUGUAGAGAAUGCUGCUGCUGCUGUGCGGCGGCUGCAAGUGUGUUCAGCUGCUGCUGCUGCAGCAGAGCCCCCUCUUGAGUCUCUUCACCUUGGCAACGUGCGCGGAUUGUCUCCUGGGGAGCAGCAGCUGGGGAACGAGCGCCAGCUGCUACAGGUGCUGCAGCAGCAGCUGCGGGGCAACUGCUGCUGCAGGGCGCCGCUGAACUCAACGCAGCAGGAGGAGCAGCAGCAAGAACAGCAACAGCAGAAACCCGCCAGGGAGGAAACGGAUCUGCAAAGCGGCUGCAGCAACAGCUGCAGCAGCAGCUGCGGCGAAAGGGGAGGUAGUCUCAGCUGCUGCUGCUGCAGCACUUGCCCGGACCCUUCUUUAGUCUUCCCGUUGCUGUUUGACCCCCAAACCAGCGGUGGUCUUCUUGCUGUUGUGCCUGCUGCUGCUGCUGCUUCCUGUCUUGCUGCACUGCGGCAGCAUACUGCAGCAGCUGCUAUCGGAGACAUUAUAUCUCUCCCUGCUGUUGCUGCGAAGGGCAGUCUAUCAAAGAGCAAACCCAUACAGAUACUUGCGGGCUCCACAGAAGCUACAGCAGACAAGGCCGAUACAUGUAGCUAG